AUGUCAACCGUCUUCCAUCUCUUCUCUCUCCCCUAUGUACCUCUCAAACAAGUUUUUGAUAACUUUGGACCAACGGGGAUAUUCAACAUUUCCAUGACCUCUCGAAAAUCAAAAAACAUUGCAGUAUCCUACAGGGGUCCUUCAAAAAAUGUUCAGUUUGAUUUGGGUUUUGGUGUUAAAGAUCACGUAAAGUUUUUCGAUGAAGAAUAUUUUGGCUUGCUGGUUCAAGUACUAGAGACAUCAGAACUCCCGGAGAGGACAUUGGCUACAGUGAGAAUCGGAAACUUCGAGAUAAUUCCAGUGGAAAUGGGGAUGUUGUACCAGAUGCCUUGCCUAAAAACAUAUUGGAAAGAUCGAAUGGUUGGGCUGUUUGAAAUCGGGAAAUAUGUUAGAGAAGUGUUUAAUCGAGAUAUCUACAAAGUGAUGUUAGGAGAUGAAUACGCGGAAAAUGACCAUAGACGGGCGAUCGAUUGGGUGUUGGAGACACAGAAAUCGAUAGAAGAGAUCUAUUGCGAGUUUACACCGAGAACCGAUGAAGACUUUGAGUAUUUGUUAGAAAAGUUGGCACGACACGCAAGAGAAUUCUCAUUUGUUGUCAAACCAUCGGAUGGGUAUUGUCCUGUGAAGAUAACUCAUUUCAUGAAUGAUGACCUCUAUCUGCAGCCUAGUUUUUGGAUUAAGCUGGACCAUUUAUUGACAAUGAACUGCAGAAGUAUUCUAUUGGCAGACUCAACGUUGACUUACAAGGAUAUCAAUUUGUUUUUGAAACAUUGGAUGAGUGGAGGAUGUUUUGAAUUAAAAAAUUUAGAUAUUCGUGUGGAACAAUCGAUUGAUUACGAAACCACGUUAAAUGGUACGGAUUACACAAAGAGGGAUAAGGAACUGAGAAGAGAUUAUGAGACCGAAAUGGACGACACUUAUACUAUCAAAGGGGGCUUUGAUAUCAAACGAUCAAUUGAUGACGUCAUGGCAACUGUUUUGGAUGACGGCGCGAACUCUAAAUUGUUCAGAAUGCUCGUCUGGCCGGACUUUGCUGAAAAUUCUUACUGUUAG